AUGGGAUUCGGAGAUUUUCGUUCCAUCUGCUCCAAAACACCGCUGCCGCUGUGCUCGGUGAUCAAGUCCUCUAAACACCUGGUUCUGGGCGCCCACCAGAAGGUCGAGGAUUUCGACACGAAAGACUUCCGAACUGGCGUGCUUCCCAAGUGCUACGCGCGCUCGAUCGACGUUGCCAACACUGUUGUGUUCCAGAUCGGCAAUGCAUUCGUGAAUAUCGGCGCGCUGGGUGUGAUCAUGUUCAUGAUCUACUCCACGCGCCAAAAAUACACCGCGAUCGGCCGCUCUGAGUACGGCUUCUUCUUUGAACUCUGCCUCGCGCUCAUCUGCUUCACACUGGUCGUGGACUGCGGCGUCUCGCCGCCGGGCUCGGACUCCUACCCGUACUUCGUUGCGGUCCAGAUUGCUUUCGCGGGCGCGUGCUGCUGGACCAUGGCCGUGCUUGGGUUUCUCGGCUUCAGAUUCUGGGAGGACGGGACCCGCAAAUCCAUGGCGCUCGUCCGCGGGAUGGCCUUUAUAGGGUUCAUUAUCAACUUCCUCGUGGCAGUCUUCUCAUUCAAGGCCUGGAAGGCCGUUGACUCGUACGCGGAAAGCAACACCACUGGCCUGUUCGUGGUCAUGUAUCUGUUGAACGCCAUCGCCAUAUUCCUGUACAUCGUGUGCCAGCUGAUAGUCUCGCUCUUCGUCAUCAACAACUUGUGGGCGGCCGGCGCGGUUCUCCUGGGCCUUUUCUUCUUGGUUGCAGGCCAAGUUAUAACCUACGCAUUCUCAGACGCCAUAUGCGUUGGCGUCAAGCACUACUUGGACGGCCUGUUCUUCGGCAGUCUGUGCAAUAUCUUUGCACUCAUGAUGGUCUAUAAAAACUGGGACAUGACCACUGACGACGAUCUGGAAUUCAGCGUUAGCGUGAACAAAGGCAAUGAGCUGGGCUUCAUGUCGGACUUUAACUUUUAA